UGUACCAAAAAUAAGUAUCCAAGGAACAUUUUCCUGUUUCUGGAAAGACUGCCAGUCCAAGAUGUGGUUGCUUCUAACAGUGACAAGUUUGAUAUCUGUAGUUGGAACUACACAUGGCCUCUUGGGAAGAAUAGCCCCUGAAAGCCCAGAAGUAUAUAUGAAUAUUAGUGAGAUGAUUUCCUUCUGGGGCUAUCCAAGUGAAAAUUACGAUGUUGUGACUGAAGAUGGUUACAUUCUCGGCAUCUACAGAAUUCCUUAUGGGAAGAAAAAUGCGGAGAAUAAAGGAAAGAGACCUGUGGUGUUUUUACAGCAUGGUUUGCUUGCAUCAGCCACAAACUGGAUUGCAAAUCUUCCCAACAAUAGCUUGGCUUUCAUUCUGGCUGACUCUGGUUAUGAUGUGUGGCUGGGAAAUAGCAGAGGAAACACGUGGUCCAGGAGAAAUUUGUACUUCUCACCUGACACAGUUGAAUUCUGGUCUUUCAGCUUUGACGAAAUGGCAAAAUAUGACCUUCCUGCCACAAUAGACUUCAUUGUUCAGAAAACGGGCCAGGAGAAGAUUCACUAUGUUGGUCAUUCUCAGGGCACCACCAUUGGUUUUAUUGCCUUUUCUACCAUUCCCUCUGUGGCUAAAAGAAUCAAAAGCUUUUAUGCAUUAGCUCCUGUUGCCACUGUGAAGUAUACGACAAGUCUUUUAAAAAAACUUUCAUUUCUUCCUACAUUUGUCUUCAAGGUUAUAUUUGGUGACAAAAUGUUCCUCCCACACAACUUCUUCUAUCAAUUUCUUGGUACUGAAGUGUGUUCCCGUGAGCUAAUGGAUCUCCUUUGCAGCAAUGCCUUGUUUAUCAUGUGUGGGUUUGACAGCAAGAAUUUUAACACGAGUCGCAUGGAUGUGUAUCUAGCACAUAAUCCAGCAGGAACAUCUGUUCAAGAUAUACUUCACUGGGCCCAGGCUGGCAGGUCUGGAAAAUUUCAAGCAUUUGAUUGGGGAAGCCCAUAUCAGAAUAUGUUACACUAUAAUCAGGACACACCUCCCUACUACAAUGUGACAGCCAUGAGUGUGCCCACGGCAGUGUGGAAUGGAGGCCGGGAUAUGUUAGCUGAUCCCAGGGACGUUGAAAUGUUACUUCCUAAACUUUCCAAUCUCAUUUACCACAAGGAGGUUCGUCCUUAUAACCAUUUGGACUUUAUCUGGGCUAUGAAUGCACCUCAUGAAGUUUACAAUGAGAUUGUUUCUAUGCUGGCAGAAGAUCAAAAGUAGUUCUGGAUUUUAGGAAUUAUCCAUCUAAUGUUUUCCAAAGUUAUUUCUUUGCUCAUAUGUAGUUUUCAGCACUAUGUAAAACAAAAUACUUCUUUCUGUAAUUUUGACUUUUAGAAAUAUAUUAGAAUCAGCA